CUUCCUACCACCACACCACCUAUUGCCAACUCUCCGUCUGACCUCCGUCGAUAGUCUGCGAUACUUUUCGUCCGGCAUACGUGGAUUGCAUAUUCGUCCUCCGUGUUCCGCUUUUGCUGGGCCAAUUGCAGUGUUGAUGAAACGCCCUCACCGUGCUUGCCUGCGUGAAUAGCUGGAAUAUCUCUCUAGACGCUUCUAAUUCCCUACCAUACCUCCUAGAUCGAGUUAGCUAGCUAAGGUGUGGGCAUGGCUCGAUUUCUAAGGAUACGGCGGAAUCACGACAGAGGUAGCACGACAGAAGCGUAGACGAAUGGCGUAAAGGACCCAUCCCUGUACUCUAGAAUCAUAUAAGGCGGGGGGAGUUCCCAGUAAAUUCAGUGUCUCAUCUUCGUUCACAUCAAUAGUUCUAUAUCCUACAACAAACAGUGCCUUUUCUACAGAACUUCAAACAUGUCUUCGAUCAAGAACGUUAUCCUCGUUGGGGCUGGUGGUAAUCUUGGACCGGCCAUUCUCGAGCAACUCAUUGCUUCGCCAUUGAACGUCACAGUCCUCUCCCGCAAGGAAUCAACAUCUACAUUCCCUUCAGAAGUCAAAGUGAUCAAGGUCGACUACACCGAUGCCUCCGCAUUGGCCUCAGCCUUGAAAGGACAGGAUGCCGUGAUUUCCGUCUUGGCGACCGCAGCUGGUGCAGUCCAACCCAAAAUCAUUGAUGCCGCUAUCGCCGCCGGCGUCAAGAGAUUCAUCCCUACCGAGUUCGGCAGCGACACUGCAAGCGCCGAUGUCAGAGCAAUCGUUCCAGCGUUCGAGGGCAAGAAGGCCGUUGUCGACUAUCUCAAGAACAGGGAAAAGGAGAUUUCCUGGACUGCUCUGGUUACGGGACCGUUCUUUGACUGGGGACUUAAGGUUGGCUUCCUCGGUCCCAACCUGAAGGAAAAGACUGCCGAAGUCAUCGACCACGGUACUGCACCCUUCACAGCUACCAACCUGGCGACCAUCGGCAAGGCUGUUGUGUCAAUCCUACAGCACGAAGCUGAGACCAAGAACCAAUACGUCUACAUUUCCUCAUUCAGGACUUCCCAGGCUGAAAUCGUUGCGCUAAUCGAGAAGUUCACUGGGGACAAGCUCACGGUGACAAGCGUGGAUUCCAACGAGUUACUCGCAGAAGCCGCCAAGAAGAUUCAAGCCGGUAACCACUUUGGCGUUUUUGACCAAAUCAAGGUGUCAAUAGUGUCAGAGAAGCGUCUGGGUGACUAUACAACUGUCGGUCUUUGGAACGACAGGCUCGGCUUGGAGAAGGAGGAUAUUGAGGAGACCGUGAAGAAGGUUCUUGGGAAUGCCUAGACGGGCUCUGAGUUUUCCAUACUCUCGCUAGUGUUGCUGCAGCUAUAGCGUAGCAUAGCCAAUCCAUUGUUCUC